AUGACUAAAGGCUUUCAAGUGAUAGAGUGGAUUGAAGGACACGAUGCAAGUAAUGAUGACGACAAUGGAGAUGAUGAAGAAGCUCCUAGAUUAACAUCUCUUUCUUGCGGGCCGCAGAAAUGGGCUUGGUUUUCUGCUAGUGCUGCUAUUCUAGUCUCCGACGAUCCAAGGUGGCCCACCCACCACUCGUCUAGGGCCAAUACGGAGGACAAGAAAGGGAAGGGAAGUGAAGUGGUUGGCUCACCUUCUUCCACGACACCCUCCUCCUCCCUUCCCUAUCCGGCUAUCCGCUCCCACCACUCACAAACCACCGCUCGCUCAUCUUCCCUCCUCGACGCCGCCAUGUCUGCCCUAGUUUCCUCUUCGACCAUUGCCAAAUGCCCCAACAACCCAGUCUUAGCGUCUCCUCCUGCUGUUCCUGGCACAAAUCUUCGCCCCGCGUUUGCCGGAAGGCCUCUGUGCCUGCCUCCCCCGCCGGCCGCGUCGAGAGCGCGGGGGCCAUGGAACCGUAGCAAUAAUCGUCAUCGUCACUUUCCCAGGACGCGGCCGGUACUGGUACUGAUGAUGGGGAAGCCGGCGAUCCAGUUCAUCCAGGGAACCGACGAGCAAACGAUACCGGACGUGAGGCUCACCAAAUCAAGGGACGGCACCAACGGCGUGGCGAUCUUCUCCUUCGACCAGCCGUCGGUGUUCGACUCCUCCGGCGAGCUGGGGGACAUCACCGGCUUCUACAUGAUCGACGAGGAGGGCGUGCUGCAGUCGGUGGACGUCAGCGCCAAGUUCGUGAACGGGAAGCCUUCGAGAAUCGAGGCCAAAUACGUGAUGAGGAGCCCGAGGGAGUGGGACAGGUUCAUGAGGUUCAUGGAGAGGUACUCUCAGGCCAAUGGCUUGCAGUUCGUCAAAAAUUGAAGACGGCUUUCUUUCAGCUACUGACUGUGACCAAUGCCUAUAGAUCUCUCUCUCUUUCUUAUAUUUUGGUUCACUGUCGAUCGUCUUCUUAAUUAGUUAUCGCCUUCUCCUCGGAGACGACGAUGUUUGGUGCUCCGUUUCAGAUGUGAAUGGUCAUACAAAAUUUAUAUUGUCUGUUCGCGAACCGGAUAAAUUUGUUUGACUUGAAUCAAACCUAUUUUCUAUUUUCUAUUUUAUUUCCUA